AGGCGGGGCCGGGGCUGAGGCCGGCCCCGGCCCGCCGGCAGAGAGGGGAUGGCGGCGACAAGCGCUGCUUGGGCCGCCUCGCAGAGAUUCAGCUCCGGCGGCUGAGGGCACCCGGCGCUGCCACCGCCUCGACCCCGCCGCUGCGAGAGCUCGCACACUGUGGAGGUGUCGGCUGCCUUCUUCCUCCUCCUCGCCCCGGGUCAGGCCGCCCUACCCGGCUGAGAGAACGACUUGGGCGGCGAGCGGCUCCGUCGGGUAGGGCAGCGCAGCGCAGCGCGAUCGGCCGCUCCCUCAGGGCGAUCAAAGUGACCCAAAAGUGUCAUUUAAGAAACAGAUCUCUGGCGUCCCACCCUGUGGAUUAGUCGCAAACAGGCAUAUCAUCUAGGUAUUUCCAGAAAGUGCCUCAAAGAAGCUUCUUUAUGUAGGAAAACUGUGCAAGAAACGUAGUGUGCUUUCUGGCAACUCAUGAAGUAGAGCUGUCAAAAUGGCAGAAAAUAAGGACAAUAAUAUUAAAAACGCAGAUGUGAGACCCAAAAGCAGCAGGAGCAGAAGCGCGGACAGAAAGGAUGGUUAUGUCUGGAGUGGAAAGAAGCUCUCCUGGUCAAAAAAGAGCGAGCAUUGUUCUGAUGCUGAAACAGCAAGUGCUGAGGGAAGAUCAGGGACUAAUUUAAGGAGCCAAGAAAGGAAGUAUAGCUGCUCGUCUAUAGAGUUGGACCUAGACCGCUCAUGUGGUCACAAGUUUUUAGGCCGAUCUCUCAAACAGAAGCUGCAAGAUGCUGUGGGUCAGUGCUUUCCCAUAAAGAAUUGUAGCAGUCGGCACACCUCAGGACUGCCAUCAAAAAGAAAAAUUCAUAUCAGUGAGUUAAUGCUAGAUAAGUGUCCUUUCCCUCCGCGCUCGGAGCUAGCUUUUCGGUGGCACUUGAUCAAAAGACAUACAGCCCCUAUAAGUCCAAAAGCAGAAGACUGGUUAAUUGCUGAUUUAUCCCAGCAUGAGGAACGGGAUGAUCAGCUGCGAGAUGAUGAGAUUGCCAACGGGGGAGUGGACUCUCCCUCCCAGUCCGGUGACUUUACGGACAGCAGUUCCUCUAGGGGUGAUUCAAGGUAUGAGUUGGUUACAGGUAAGGUGGUAAGGAGCAGUAAAGAUGAGAGCGAUAUGGACUCCGAUGAUGAAGUUGUAACACUGUGCACAAGCUCUAGGAAAAGAAACAAGCCCAAAUGGGAAACGGAUGAUGAGCUGCUACGGAUGGAAACACCUCCAAAAUACCAUACACAGAUUGAUUAUGUCCACUGCCUAGUCCCAGACCUCCUCCAGAUCAAUAAUAACCCCUGCUACUGGGGAGUCAUGGAUAAAUAUGCAGCUGAGGCGCUGCUAGAAGGAAAGCCAGAGGGAACAUUUUUGUUACGAGAUUCUGCCCAAGAAGACUAUUUGUUUUCUGUGAGCUUCAGGCGCUACAGUCGUUCCCUCCAUGCACGAAUAGAACAGUGGAAUCACAACUUCAGCUUUGAUGCCCAUGAUCCUUGUGUUUUCCAUUCUCCUGAUAUCACGGGACUCUUAGAGCACUAUAAAGAUCCAAGUUCCUGUAUGUUCUUUGAACCACUUUUAUCCACUCCACUGAACAGGACUUUUCCUUUUUCUCUUCAACAUAUAUGUAGAACAGUUAUUUGCAACUGUACAACUUAUGAUGGUAUUGAUGCACUUCCCAUUCCUCCAUCGGUGAAGCUGUAUCUGAAGGAAUAUCAUUAUAAGUCAAAAGUUAGAGUACUCAGGAUUGAUGUACCAGAGCAGCAAAGCUAGGAAAUAUUUUUGUGAAAGAAUGAGAUUGUCUCUAAGCAGACAAAUAGUAUGUUCAGUCUUUCUUUCUUCUAUGGUGUUUUUUUAAAUAGCAAUUUGAUUUAUUUCUUUUUCCUUCCUGCAGAUUAUUUACCACCCGAAGGAGCCUCUGUCUAAGGCUCUUUUAUCCAAAUGUACUUUGAUUCUUCACAGCUCUCUUUUUUAGAAAUGGUACUCCUUGUGGGCUUUUGGUACUGUUCCCAGACUAGAGUUUUAUGGAAUUUCAGGUAGGCUUUCUGGUAUUUCUAUAGGUAGGUAGUCUUUAGAUCUUAAAAAAAACCCUAAAAAUCAGUUUUGAACUUGAUCUGUCUUUUUUAUUGUAAUUUACAUGUGUUGCUGACAUGUUUGAAAUAAUGCACUGUUAACUAAAGAUUGACUCAUUUGUAUUUUCUGCAUUUCUUUUAAAAUGAGUGCUCUACCCUC